AAGCCGGUGGCCCCUCCAGGCCACAGCCAGAGGAAGGCAGCAGGCCCUUCACCUGUGUGCCCUGCGGGGCUGCCCCUGGCCCCCCUCCUCAGUGGGCAGGAGGGGCUCUGCCAUCCCUGACGCAGCGGACACUGCUGGCACCUGCAGARCGGGGCUGAUUCUGAGCUACGAGGACCCCGGAGGGAGCCAGGACCAUGUUCCAGUAAAUGAAGACCACGGUGCCAGCCCCGCACCCCGACCCCCGGCCAGGGCCCCGACGUCAGCCCAGAAGAAAUGAGGCCACGUGGGGCUCACAGGUGCCCAGGGCGGAAAGGGACAGUGACAGGAAGCAGCCCCGCUCCAUCCUGAGACGCGGCCAGCCCAAGCCAGGGCCUCCCGGGGCCGACCCACAGAGGAUUUCCAGGCACGUACGGUUCCGAGAGCCCUUGGAGGCGGCCAUUCAUUACAUCGCCAGCAGGGACACCAGGGCCACCGUCAAGGUGUCGGGCCGGCGCCUGCCCCGCCGCAAGUCCCUGCUCCAGCGCCUGCCAGGCGGCAGCUCCCUGCUCCUGCGGCUCUCCGUGUGCGUCCUGCUGGGGGCAGCUCUGGGCCUGUGCUGUGGCCGGGCCAAAUCCAUUGCCACACCCCUGGAGGACCUCCGAGCCCGGCUCCUGGUCCUCCUCAUGCGCCUGUGGCACGUGCUCCUGGCCUGCUGGCACUGCCUCCUGGGAGUCUGGCCAGUGGCCAGCCAGGACGUCCCCUCUGGGCAGCCCUGGGUAGAUGAGGGUUAGGGUAGAGCGUCAGGCAGUCCUCGGGCCCCAGCCAGGAGAGAGCCCUGCCAGCUUGCUUGGCAAACCCAGGACUCAUGGCAGGGGGACCUAGGGACAGUGACAGCUUUGACUGGAGGCCAGACGGGAGACGCACUGCCCCACCAUUUUAUGUCUUGGGGUCCACUGUGACAGUCCGUCAGAGGACGAAUCCAACUGCCAGCUGUUGGGCCUCACCUCCCUCGACCCAGUGGGGACCCUGGCCUGAAUGGGGGGAUCCACGGAGGCAAGUCCUGCCUGGACACCCAGCUCACUCUCUUCUACUGCUUAGGGGAUGGAUCCCCCAGGCCUCAGAGACCAUGGGUAGGGGUCUCCAGGGUUUCCUGCAGCUUCAGGGUCAGGGGACCCCAGGGUGGGGGAACCCUGCAGAGAGGCCCUGUUCCCAGAAGUGGCCUCCAGAGGACCAUGGUGGGGGUCAGGGGACCCCUGGUUACCACUUCCCUGCACCAGCCCAGCCGCCCCCAGACCCGUGCCACCUCACCCACCCUGGGAGGAGGACAGGCAGGUCCCCACCCCUACUGUAGAUGAGAAGGAGGCUCUGAAAGGAGGCUCGCAGCCCAGGCUCAGCCCCUGGGCAGGGGCUGCCUCUCAACCUGGUUCUGAGUCAGGGCUGGAAGGGGGCUGGGCCCCCUCCCCAUAGCUAGCUGUCCACUGCCAAGAUGGCAGAGAGAAGUGUCCAGCU